AUGGCUCUAGCAACUAUGCAGGGUGUGACCGUGCCCAACGUGCAGCCGCCGUGGGUCCUGACACUGUCGCACACGGCGUCCCUGGACAGCGCGCUGCCUAGGGACCCGCUCUGCGCACAGUUUAUCAAGGCGGGGGCCGCCGGCGGCAUACACGGCCUGCACCUCGCGACGGCGCAGCAGAUUUUUCGGUGGUUCCGUACGGCGGGGCCGCUCGUGUCCGUGCGCACGAACGUCGACGUCGGGUACAAGCACCGGACGUGCGUGCUCGAGUAUUGGGACGAGGAAGACGCGAACUAUGCGCGUCUGCACUGUCGCGAGUUCCACUUCACGCUGCAGCGCAUGGAGCCGUUUUCGUUGCGCACAUUCGCGCCACAUAGCGUGUCGGGCAGCAACAUGGGGAGUAAGUUCACGCCUGCCAGUUUGCCGAAGACGUUUGAGAAGUUUGGCGACAUCAUCCAGCAAGUACUUCUAGUGUAUCAUCAGGCGCAUAUAUUGACCACUCGGGAAGCGGCUGCUUCCGCCGUGGCCGAACUGAACGACACGGUUCUCAAUGGCACCACCAUUCAUGUCCGAUAUUUCGAGCCAGGUAAUCAAGCGGACUUCCGGCUAGUGCAGCACUCAGACGUCAAAAAGCCUCCCGUCCCUGAUCAGGAUCCACCCUUGAAGCCGACGCAAGGGGCAGCCGAAGCUAAGGCGCAGGCCAAGGACGACCAGAGCAGCCAAAGCGGAGAAGAUCAGGAGCGCCAGGCCCGCGAAGAAGAGACGAAACGCCAGGCCUGCGAAGAGGAGACGAAACGCCAGGCCCGCGAAGAGGAAACCAAACGCCAGGCUCGCGAAAAGGAGACGAAACGCCGUCAAGCCGAGACGCAGGCCCGAGCAGACUACGAGCGCAAGCUCCAGGAGGCAACGCGCCAGCGCGAGGUGGCGGCAGCGCUCGAGGCGGCCGCGCGGACGGGCACGCUGGAGUCCAUCUGCGCGGAGGAUGCGGCGAAAGCCGUGUACGGCGAGGCGGUGCACGCGCGCGAGUCCGCGACGACCGAGCUCUCUGCCGUGUCUGCCGCGGUGCUCGAGGCGCAGAGGGCACUCGGGGCGGCGCGGGCGCGCCAGCAGGACGUGCUCAAUCGCGUGUCGCGCGCGAGCGCGGCGGAGAACGAGGCGAACAAGGCAUUACGCGAGGCGACGGCGCGGCGUGUGAACGCGGAGAUGGCGGAGGUGCGCGUCCAGGCGACACGCGAGGCUGCUGAUCGGAAGGAGAAGGAGGUGCGCGAUGCGGCUCCUCCUGUGGAUGAGGCGGCACGCAGACAGGAGGAGCUGGAGGAGAUGAUCCAGCGGAUGAAAGAGCUCAAGGAAAUUGAGGAUCGGGACCGAAGGGAGAAGGCAGAGAGAGAGCGGCGAGAGCAGGAAGAGGCAGAGCGCAUGCGGCAGGAGGCGGAGCGGUUAGCAAGAGAAGAGCAAGAGCGUAAGGUGCGAGAAGAGCAAGAGCGUAAGGUGCGAGAAGAGCGAAAGCGCAAGGCGCGCGAAGAGCAGGAGCGGCUAGAGCGCGAAGCCCGACGCUUGCAAGACUAUCGCGAUGCGACGUUGAAAGAACAGGAGCGAUGCUCACAGCGCGACAGGAAAUGGUACCGGUAUGGAAUAGCAUGGACCGAAACGCGCCACGUCAACUGGUUCAAGGAGGUCAGCAGCGAAUUCGAGGAGAUCAAAUUCUCGGCAUCGCAGCCACUCACGUUCAAAAGCAUUCCUUGGCCCUUGCUUAUGCCGCCGAACGCGCACACACUUGAUCUGAUCGAAUGGAGCAACGUUGAGGCCUUCUUCGCAGCAGCGAAACGAAUAGUUGGCGAGAAGGAGUACAAGACUAUGGUGGAAAAGGCUCACCGGAGGUUUCACCCAGAUAAGUGGCGGUCUCGCGGUCUCUCGAACACUAUCCUAGAUGACGACCUCCGGGAACAGUUGGAGAAAGCAGGCAAUGUUGUCGCCCAGGCAAUUACACCGCUCUGGCUGGCUUCAAAGGAGAAAAAGCAAACAUAGUCCGUAGUUGAAUUAAGUGCUGUAUGUAAUAUCCUAGGGGUAGUUUGGC